GUACGUCAAAAACUCAAAUCAGUAAAAUGUAAACAAGUCCAGGCAUUAAUAAUUAUUUUACAUAAAAUUUAAAUACCUAGUAAAAUAGCGUAUAAACAUAGUUAUUAAGAUCAAUGAUGUAGAUAUUUUUAAAUUAAGUUCAAGUUCAUUGUAUUUGUGCUUUUGUGUUUGUUAUAAAAUUCAAGAUUGUUUCUUGAGUAGGUUAUUCAUUGAAAAUGUGUAGCAACGAUUUCAAAAUAUUAAAGCAAGGCGCUGAAGCGAAGUUAUACUUAGGUAAUUAUCUUGGAAAACCGACAGUGAUUAAAGAAAGGUUCAAGAAAAAAUACAGACAUCCAGAUCUAGAUGAAAGCAUAACAAAAGAAAGAAUAAAAAAUGAGGCUAGAUCUAUAGUUCGCGCUAAAGUUGCAGGUGUAAAAACACCCUCACUAUAUUUAGUUGAUUUUGAAAGACGUCGUAUAUAUAUGCAGUAUUUUGAACAUAGUGUAACAGUAAAAGAUUUCAUUAUAAAUAUUAAAAAAAAAUAUACAGAUGACAGUGCUGCCAAGCUGAAUAAAGUUGCCAGAGUAAUCGGAGAAAAUGUUCGGAAAUUGCACAUUAAUAACAUUAUUCAUAGUGAUCUUACCACAUCUAAUAUGUUACUUGUAAAAGAUGAUGAAAAAGAUAUUAAUCAAGAAUUAGUGAUAAUUGAUUUUGGAUUAUCUUACAUUGAUACAAGAGCAGAAGAUAAAGGGGUAGAUUUAUAUGUGCUCGAAAGAGCUCUGAUAAGCACCCAUAACGAUUGUCCUGAUUUGUUUUCCAAAAUAUUAGAAGGAUAUAAAGCCUACAGCAAUACCAAUAUUAAGGAAAUAUUACAUAAAUUUGAAGAUGUAAGAGCACGGGGGCGCAAGAGAACUAUGGUGGGAUAAAUUAUUGAUCUAAAUAAAAAUAUAACAACCA